AUGGGACUUUUUCAAAGAAACAUGUUCCAAGGAAUUUUUUUUUUCCUCUUUUCUCGCGCUGUCAUUGGGGAAGCCCUUUCUCAAAAUGGCAAAGCCUGCCGUAAAGACUAUUCACGUCCCUGCGCAGAGGGAUGGCAUGAAUUGAGAAAUUCUAGUCAAUGCAUUGCCCCUUUGUCCUAUGGUGGGCCCUGUCCACGUUUUCUACAAAUAGAAGACUCAACGAAGCAGAAAAAAAUUAUGGAACAAGAAUGCCAUAUUUUCUGGCCUUGCCUUUUUCAGUGUGAAAAAAAUUAUUCUCUCCAGUGCCCUGAACAAUGGGUACCAGAGGACGAUAGAAUAUGCCGCCCUUUGGCAAUUUACGAAGGAACAUGUCUAUUAUCCCACGAUUUCUCCAAUAUGACUAAUACACAAAAAGAAAUCUGGAGCAACAAAUGUGGGACUAGUUGGCCAUGCAAGCCAUCUACCCAACCAAUUUUUUUUUUUUUUUUAAAAGGAACUGAAUGGAUUAAAGAUAAGGACGGGAGUUGUUCUGCCCCUACAAAAUAUUCUGGGCCUUGUCUGUCAAGGGUGUCUUUACUUAAUGUGGACAAAGAUAUCAAAGUGGCCUUAGAGAAAUUAUGCAACUUGAGCUUUCCAUGUAUAAAGGAGUGUGAAGUGGAUAUGAAUGACCCUUGUCCCUCUGGAUGGUUCCUAAAAUCGGAUGAAUUUGGAAAUCCAUUGAAUUGUUUGCCCCCCGAUAACUAUGAAGGUCUAUGUGGCGAGGAGACAAAAUUUAUUGGUCUCAUCAGUUUGGAAAUGAAAGAGCAAAUGGCACAUGAGUGUGGCGUGAAAUGGCCCUGUGUAUCUGACGUUAAAUUGGUCAACUAUGAGGAACUCUGCCCAGAACGGUGGACAAAAAGCGAAAAGUUCUGUGUUGCCCCCACAAAUUAUAUGGGCCCAUGCGCAAGGAAAAAAACAUUUGUAUCAUUCAAAAAAGAAAUUAAAAAAGCCUACGCUGAAGAAUGUAACGUUGAAUGGCCUCCGUUCACAAAGGAAACAACCGAAUCUUUCCCCAAAAUUUCAGUCUCAAGGAAAAGGAAAUAUAAGUUUGGGGUUGUGGAACCAUUUACGGGGGAUAUUAUUUCUGGAAUUGAUAAAUGA